AUGUCCGUACACAGGGAAUCAGUCACUCUUGGCGUCGUGAUUCCGGCUGCUGGCCGAGGCACACGCUCCGGCGAAAGCUGUCCGAAAUCAUAUCGGCGUAUUGGGGGUGAUUCUGCGCUGAAUCGCGUUAUCAGACUCUACCGAUCAUGGAAUAAAGAGUGUCCCAUUGUCAUUGUUCACCAUGCUGACAAUGCCGCUCUGCUUGAGGCCUCCAUCUACCGGGACGCCAAUGUGUACACCGCAGUCGGGGGUGUCGAGCGACAAGAAUCGAUCCUUCGCGGCUUGCGCUUUCUUUCUAGAAUGGAGAGGUCCCCAUCGCACGUCUUCAUCCAUUGUGCAGCCCGACCGUUCACCACUGUCCGUCUACUCGACAGCCUUCUGGAAUCCCUAAUCCAAUAUCCAACCAUGGGUGUGAGUCCAGCGAUUCCCGUCGUUGACACCCUGAAGCAGAUUGAUUCAAAUGGAUUUAUCUCAACUACUGUUCCACGAGACGGUAUUUUCCGUGGCCAGACUCCCCAAGGAUUCGACUUGAAGACGAUUUUAGAGCUUCAUGAGCAGGCGGCCAUCAUGGGCAAACUAUUCACGGACGAUUCAUGCCUUUUCGAAGAUGCUGGUUUACCUGUGCGGGUUGUGCGUGGGGAUCCCCAGAACAUGAAGCUGACCUAUUAUGCCGAUUUUGAAGAGGCGGAUCGCUUCUUACGGGGGUAUCGUUCGCCGGGCAUGGAAUUUGAUGUUGGAGUUGGUCACGGCUGUGUCACGCACGAAUUCGCACCGGGAGAGGAGAUUCCUUCUUUGCUAUAA